AUGACCUCCGGGACCUUUUUGCCAGUUGCCCUGGUGCUGCUCUGCUCCAGCACCCUCUGCUCCCUGGGCUGUGACCUGACUCAGGGCCUUCUGGAAGACUUCUCACUUCUGAACCAAAUGAGCCCAUUUUCCUUGGGACCAUGUUGGAAGGACAGGACCAACUUCAACUUCCCAAAGGAAGCCACGGAAGGCAGCCAGCUCCAGAGGGAAAAUGCCACAGUCAUCGUUCAUGAGAUGCUCCAGCAGAUCUUCACCAUCUUCAGCCUGAGUGCCACUCCUGCAGCUUGGAAUCAGACCCAGCUCAUGCAACUGCUCAGUGGCCUGGAUCAGCAGCUGGAACAGCUGGAGAGGUGUCUUGGGCAGGAUGUGGAGUGGGAAGAGCCUUCCUUGGGAAGUGAGAACCCCAGGCUGGCCCUGAAGAGCUACUUCCAAGGAAUAAGCCAGUACCUGCAAGGUAAAGAGUAUAGCCACUGUGCCUGGGAAAUUGUGAGAGUAGAGAUCAGGAAGAUCUUUCUGUUCAUGAACAAGCUCACAAGAAAAUUCAGGGACUGA